UCUACCUCCGCUUCACACUCUUUAACUGAGAAACAACUCCAUCCAUUACACCAGAAACAAAGUGUAAAACUAAAGUGGCAGUCUUUUCAUAAAUGGCAGUGGUGAAUGCUUUUGGAGCUACAACUCUGAGCUUGAAAACCUCUUCUUCUCAUUUACCCGCCUCUUCAUUUCCCUUUGCUCCAUCAACUGCUUAUAGAAUCUCAACUGGGUUCUUGCCUUUUGCAUUGUCUGCUUCAAGAAAGAGAAGGGGUGUCUUCGGUCAGUCUGUUGCAUUGAAGAAUGAGAUUGUUCAAGCUUAUGAAGUAGCUGAAGAAGUAGAAGAAGAAAUGCAAGAGCCAAGUGAGACAGUGUUAUACUCUCUCUCUCCUCUACCUUUGCUAUUUGUGGCUGCACUUCCUGGAGCUGGGACUGUAAGGUCUCUCUUUGGGCCUUUUGUUGAGCUUGUGAAGUCUUGGAGUCUUCCUGACUGGCUUGUGCACUGGGGUCACCCCGGCAACAUGGCUGUUGUGCUCUUUGCCAUGGGUGGUUAUGGAACGUAUCUGGGUUUCCGCAUACGUUUUUCUGAUGAUCUGGAAGAGAAGGCCAAUGCCAAGGACUUGCACCCAAAGCUUCUUGGUGGAAUGUUUUUCUUCUUUGCUCUAGGCGCCACCGGUGGAGUUACAUCACUUCUUACUUCGGACAGACCUAUCUUCGAAAGUCCUCAUGCUGUCACAGGCUUCAUUGGCCUUGCUCUGUUGACCAUACAAACAUUUUUGCCCUCAUUAUUUGAGGGGAAUCCUGGAUUGAGAAAUGUUCAUGGCAUAUUAGGUAGCGGGAUCAUGACUCUGUUUCUCAUCCAUGCCGCCUUCGGACUUCAACUUGGCCUCAGCUACUAACUUCAACAACCAACCUUGUUAUUUAUUGUUAUUCGUUUUUGCAUACAAGGAUCAUCGGCAGAAGAGACUGUACACAACCAGUGAUAAUUAUGCAGAAAAAUUCACAAGGCGAUCUGUGUUUGAUAUUUGUAGCUUGAAGGCCUCAUUUCAAAAAACACAAAUGCAAGUAGCUAUUAUUUAUAGAAGAUACAAACAAUGCCAUCCAAUGAAGUGAUGAGAAUGUUUUUUUUU